AUUUCUUCGUUCGUUAUUAAAAGUUGAACGCUUCCCAAUACAUUCAUCUCAGUCAUCCAAAACACUGAACGAUUUGUACCUAUCAAUUUCUUUCCUUUGUUUCAUUCCAUUCGUUCAAUAAUCAUGCAUUCAGCUUUAUAUCCAACUAAGAUAAUUUAAUUACUUUGAUGCACUUACGUGGGGUUUAUUUCCGUAUAAAUACGUGAAAAGAGAUAAUGAAACUGAAUAAUAAUAAUAAUAAUAAUAAAACAGGAGCGAAAGUAAAUCUUCGGAAAGUCGAAAUCAGCGUGCAGUAAGAAAACCGAUGAAAUUGUCGAUUCGUUGUGAAACGGCCCAUAUAAAUCUUAUGUUCGAGAUUAGACAUUUCACUUUCUCGGACAUCUCGCUAUCGUUCCUCGUGUACUCGCGCGCGCUGUCUUGUAACUGUAUGAUCGUGAUUUUUUUACACGUGUAGUUUCAAAAGUAUACAAACGAAUUUAUGCAUGAAAAAUGGGUAUUGACCCAGAGAAUUGCCGUGAGAAGCUUCGCGAGUAUCAGUAGCGCCAUCUUGCUCCGCAGAAUCAAGUACUAAAAAUUGAAAAAAUACCAACGCGUAUAAAAUCGACGUUUUGUAUAUUUAUUUCCGUCUUAUUCUAUUCCUUUGUGAAUACUAAAUCGCGGCAAUCUAAUUUUUCCCUGUGAGACCGUAGGAAAAUUGAGAUUUCUACUAGAAUUUAUCUCUUUUACCUACCUAACCUACAAAUCAAAAAAUUUCUCCAAGUCGAUUGACGUUCGAAAGUAAAUUUGUACGGUGCGUUUUUAAAAUACGAAAAGAUCGACGAUAAAAUUAGUAUAAGUGCCAUCGACUUCAACCGAUUUCUAAGGAAUGCGAAAGAAAUUCACCGUCACAAAUAAACGUUCAUUUCGAAAUACGUAUUAUCAACAGGUGUAACGUGCAUUCGACAACACACACGAUUACAAAAGUGGUCUUUAACGUUCAACUGGGAUUUUUUUUUUCUCAGUAGUCAGAAAAAACAAUUUUCCCCCAGUGCAAAGAAAUUCAUGUUGAAAUAAAAAUACGUUCUGGAAAUAAACUUGAUCACGAGAACAGAUCAUUUGGCUCGGUCAUUCGUUUUGAUUCAUCGGCGAAAAGUUUUUUUUUACGACAAUGUAGAUUUAGUUGAAUGAAUUAAUUUUCGACCCGCUGUUGACUCGCUGAAAAAAAAAUGAUAGAUGCACGCGUUUAUGCGUGAGAGAGUGCAAAUUGUAAAUUCAAAUGGUACAAGCGAACGCGUGAAUGACACUUUCCAAGUUGAGUUAGUCGCGCGAGGCGAGAGUAAGAGAAGGUGUUUGGUUGGCUCUGCGGUGGAUUAAGUAUGGACCAGCCAGUCGUUUUCCGAGUCCGAGACCGGCGGGAUCGUGGCGCUAGACGACUCAUCACGAUCGGUGCAUUUCCUCAAUCGUAUAUCUUGUCACAUUUUGUACAUAUAUAUAAACAUUUUUUUAUUUUUUUAUCUGCCUGUACAAGUACACAAAUAAUUACGUGAAUAAAUAAACAAAAAAAGGUCAAAUUAAUUGUUCACGAGGGUGAUAAUAAAUGAUUGAAAUAAAUCCAAAUACACAUUCGAUCCGUGGCUACUUUUUUAUUUCAUCAUUCGUAAAAUAAGGGAAAAAGUAUUACAGUCGUCCUGGAUGAUGUAUGCGCGAAUCUCGCGUUCAUUAUUUUCUUCGAGCUGUCAAAACGGCCGCGAUCAUCUUGCGAUACUCGAUUCGAUUCGUAUUCGCCGGUAAUCUUACGAUUGCUUUGUUCAUCGCAACGAAAAACGAAAUUAAAGAUAAAUAAUAAUAAUAAUAAAUUAGUAUAAUAGACGAGAAAUAUGUGGCUCAGUGCUCACGACCCUUUGCCACGUGCUUUCUCGCUUUUCUUUGCUUUGAUCACUCUACUUAUCUGUGCCGACUCGAUGACCAACGCCAUCGAUAGUCGCCGGAUUCACCACAAAGGAAUCGAUUGCGGUCGUGCUGCCAAGAAUCAGAGACAACCCCGCAGUUAUACCGUCGAUCCGAUAGUCAAAGAUUACCACCAGAAAAAUCGUCGGGGAGGGGGCCACGAAACGAGAACGCAAAAUUCAACACUGGACUUUCAUAGCACGAAAAUGACAGGGAGAAUAUUCAAUGGGAAACCCAGCAAACGAGGCUCUUGGCCAUGGCAAGUAUCGCUUCAGUUGUUGCAUCCGAAACUCGGUUUCAUCGGGCACUGGUGUGGAGGAGUUCUCAUUGAAUCAACUUGGAUAAUAACCGCUGCGCAUUGCAUCCACAACGAUCUCUUCAAUCUUCCAAUCGGAGCUCUUUGGACCGCGGUUCUUGGUGAAUGGCAGUUGGAAUCGGGACAACGUGGUUCAGCCCGGAUUCCCAUCGAACGUGUCAUUAUUCACGAGAGAUUCAAUAACUACGUUCAUGAUAUCGCACUGAUGAAGCUGAGCAGAGCGGCUCCGCUAUCGAAGAUAAUUCGAACAAUUUGCUUGCCCGAAGCAAUUAACAGCACUAAUAACGAUGACGAUAACACGAUCGACAAAGAGCAAUGCAUCGCUUCAGGCUGGGGUCGUUCCGGACCGUCACCGUCUCUCUCGAACGCGCUGCUCGAGGCUAACGUGCCGAUCCUCAAUCUCGAAGAUUGUCAGCGCGCAUACGGGAAAGGCGUACCGAUUGGUCCGGGGCACUUAUGCGCGGGCCACACAGAUGGCUCUUCCGGCAGUUGCGUGGGUGAUUCUGGAGGACCAUUACAAUGUCGAAGGCGCAGCGACGGAGUAUGGCAACUCACGGGUGUCACUUCUUUCGGAUCUGGAUGCGCGAGACCAGGCUUCCCGGAUGUCUAUACCAGACUACGAUAUUAUCUCGACUGGAUUAAAACUACCAUCGCAACGUCCCCCGAUUUCGAUAUGUAUAAUUCAUAACGUGUAAAGACUUACAAUGUAAAUACAGAAAAAGUUCAUCGAUCAA